CGAACAGGGUUCUGAAAAUGGACCGACCUGUAAGGCCAAGAUUGGCCUCUCUCAGUGACUUUCAGUUUGGAGCUGUUGCCACAGAGACAAUCGAAGACACUCUGCUCCACUUGGCCCAGCAGAAUGAGCAAGCCGUUCAGGAGGCUGCGGGCCGGAUGGGCAGCUUCAGGGAGACCCGGAUCGUGGAGUUUGUUUUUCUCCUGUCUGAACAAUGGUGUCUGGAGAAAUCUGUGAGCUACCAGGCUGUAGAAAUCCUAGAAAGGUUUAUGGUUAAGCAGGCAGAGAACAUCUGCAGUCAAGCCACAAUCCAGCUGAGAGAUAAGGUGGAGCCUCAGAACUGGAGGGCUCUGAAAGAACAGCUUUUCAACAAGUUUAUCCUGCGUCUUGUGUCAUGUGUUCAGCUGGCAAGCAAACUUUCCUUCCAUUACAAAAUAGUCAGCAAUGUUACAGUCCUGAAUUUCCUCCAGGCUCUAGGGUAUCUACACACCAAAGAAGAACUGGUGGAGUCAGAGCUUGAUGUUUUGAAGUCCCUGAACUUCCAAAUCAAUCUGCCGACUCCCUUGGCAUAUGUGGAGAUGCUCUUGGAGGUUUUAGGAUACAAUGGCUGUUUAGUCCCAGCCACGCGGCUACAUGCGACCUGCCUGACCCUACUCGACCUAGUCUAUCUUCUGCAUGAACCUGUAUAUGAGAGCCUGCUGAGGGCUUCCAUUGGGAACUCCACGCCCAGUCAGCUGCAAGGGGAAAAGUUUGUUUCGGUGAAGGAAGACUUCAUGCUGUUGGCAGUAGGAAUCAUUGCAGCAAGUGCUUUCAUCCAAAACCAUGAGUGUUGGAGCCAGGUUGUGGGGCAUUUGCAGAGCAUCACUGGCAUUGCCUUGGAGAGCAUUGCUGAGGUCUCUUACGCAAUCCUGACUCACAGUGUGGGAGCCAGCACUCCGGGCCAAAAGCAGCCUGUUCCUCCCUACCUGGUGGCCCGAGCUCUGAGGGCUGCGGCUUCCCCCGAAACAUGAGGCAGGUGGAAUCUGCCAGAUACAAACAACAGUUUUGUAUUCCAAGUUCAUGCUUAUAUUUCUGCCUCAGAGAAAGAGUUAAGGUGAAUAAGCAUGUCCUUUUUGUCAUAUCAAAUGGAAAAUGUCAAAGGCUGAGAGGAGAUAGAAUAUCAGUGAAAUUCGUUUAUUUCUGUUUGACAAGAUAUUUAUGGCUUUUCUUUAACUGUUCAUUUUAUUAAGAGGGAACAUCAGACAUGGAGAUUAGUAUUAAUCCAAACUGAGACCAUCUGGGUGACCUUGACUGAGCAUCAAGGAAGUAGCCUUUAUUUUCCCUUAAAGUUAAAUAUUUCUGUUCCUUUACUAAGAGCUACACAAAUAGGGCUUUCUCCACAGCUGUCUAUUUUUCCAUUAGAGUCUUUUUAAAAAACUAACACCCAUCUCUAAACACGUUUCAACAGACUUUCCACAUACCUGCACUUGAACUCAAUUCUCCCAGAAUACAAAGUACUCUAUUUUAGUUAAAGAAAAACCCAACAGUGCACCUCUAGGCAGUCAUAAGACUGCAGGAAAUCUUUUAUUACAAAUAAUUAAAUCUCUCCAUAAGGUCUCAAACAGUAUCAAACUGAAACACCAUUUCAUAUCUCUAACACAGAGCAGAGCAGGCAUUCAGUACUAGAACCAAGUGAGAAGUGUUGAAUUUCAAGCUUCUGAUCACAUCACAUGGUGACCAAAGCUUAUAUGUCAUUUUCUCACGUUAUCCAGCUGUGCAUCACACAUCUUGUCGUCUCAGUGGAGACAAAAGUUUCUACUUCAUACUGUAAGUACAGGAAAUUGAGAGACAUAAAAUCCAGUGAAAACACAUCACUCUCAACUCAGUUAAAAAAACAACAACAAACAAAUUAGCUGUUUUGAGGGGUCAGAGGGAAAGGAAGGCAUGGGGCUAAGAGUCAAAACUAUGUCAAAGGCUGGUCGCACUAUACAUGGCCUGUCAGAGCUCUGGAAAUUUUCUGUCCUAUUUUAAAAUAAAGUGGCUUUUGUGGA